GAGUGACUACAUCUGUGUAAUUUUCCCCGACACAAUCUCACGGGAAAGAGAAUGUGGAGGAUGAAAGGGUGAGGAAUUGGGAGGUGGAGUUUACUAUUUUAUUUAUUGCCAAUAUAAGGCUUGUGUUGCUCUGAAAUGCUGAAGCAGAGAGACGAGGACAAGAACACAAUUGGAGCUGCCUUUGCAGAGGAAGCAUCUGCCAUGGGGACAGCAACACAGCAAACCCUCAUCACUUUACUCUCCAUAGCAGCAGUGGUUGCCAAGGCAGAAGACACCUGCCCAGAUGUGAGAAUAGUAGGACUCAGUGGUUCCGAUAAACUCGCCGUUCUCCAAGGAUGCCCUGGCAUGGCUGGUGCUGCAGGACCCAAAGGUGACCCAGGAGCUGCAGGAAUGAAAGGUGUUCAGGGAACACAGGGAAUCCCUGGGAAGGCAGGACCACAGGGGCUGAAAGGGGACAGAGGUGUUGCUGGUCCCACAGGUCCAAAAGGCGAUAAAGGAUCUCCUGGAGCACCCGGAACACUAGGAGAGCUGGACAGCGUCCAGUGUAAGAAAGGAGCAAAGAACUGCAAGGAGCUGUUAGCUAGAGGGAAUGCCCUGAGCGGCUGGUACACCAUCUACCCCAGUGACUGUAAUGCCAGGACUGUGCUGUGUGACAUGGACACAGAUGGUGGGGGAUGGCUUGUUUUCCAAAAACGGGCAGAUGGAUCUGAGAACUUUUUCCACGACUGGGAUUCAUACAAGAGAGGUUUUGGCAGCCAGCGGUCAGAAUUCUGGCUGGGGAAUGACAAUAUCCACCUGCUGACAUCCCUUGGAAACCAUGAACUCCGCAUUGACCUCCAAGACUUUGAAAACAACACGCAGUUUGCCAAGUACAAGUCAUUCAAGAUUGCAGGAGAGACGGAGAAAUACAAACUGGUUCUUGGAGACUUUAUUGGAGGCACUGCAGGUGAUUCACUAACCUCGCACAAGGACAUGCCGUUUUCAACCAGAGACCAUGACAACGACCUGGCUUCAAACGCUCGAAACUGUGCUGCAAUCUACAAGGGGGGCUGGUGGUAUAAGGACUGUCACUGGUCCAACCUGAAUGGGAUGUACUUGGCUGGUGCCCAUGCCAGCUUUGCAGAUGGCGUGAACUGGAGGACGGGCAAAGGAUAUAAUUAUUCCUACAAACAAUCAGAAAUGAAAUUUAGGUCUGUCUAGCUCAGCCAGCAGGCACAUGAUGAGAGAGAAUUGCUCUCUGGUUCUUGCCUGUAACAUAUUUCUGCCAGCUGGAUUUUCCUGGCACUGCCUUCUCUCUCCCUCCAAUGCCUGGGUCCUAAGUAUGGCUAAUGCUCUGAUCUUCAUUUUGGUACCACCGAUUUCACUCGUUUCCUUUGGCUCCUACCUGUGACUGCCUUGGCUGCCCAACUAACAGAGCUGCUUCACGUGCUACAGGGUUCAUGGCCGGGGAUACAAGCCAAAGUGGCACUUCUUUCUAGACAUUAAGUAGCAACAAGCUUAAUCUCCACUGAGUCAGGUUUAGAAGCCUGCUCCUGUCGUUAAGGGAGUGGGCUAGGACUCCAGAGAUGGGGGUUCAGGUAUUGCUUCUGCAAUCCAUUUCCUGUGUCAGCUUUGGCAAGUAACGUAGGAGACGACUGCACUGCAGCUGGGAGGUGUAAUUCCCAGCGUGGGUAGAUGUACAUGCACUAGCUCUGAUCAGCAGCAGUUUGGCUGUGACACCUUGGGCUUGCCACCCGAGGGCAGGGCUCGGACCUUGGACAGGCUUGGGUCUGCUCAAAAGCGUCUCUCUCACCAAACACAAGUUGUACUUGUGCAGUUUGCCUGAACCUCUGCUCGCAUCGCCACAGCCACACUGCUACUUUUAGUGCACUAGCUCGAUCAGAGCUACAGCGCGGACAUCUCCCGGGGCUGGGAAGAAGUGCAUCUCCAGCUCUAGUGCAGAAUCUCUCGCUGCAACAUGAGGACUGGACUGCUGCAUUUGCCCAUUCUUUGUCUGUGUAGUUUGCAAGCUCUUUGGGGCAGGGACUCUGUCCAGGUGUGCA